UGUGCUCGCGCGGCUGAGAAGCCUGACAGGUUUCCGACCUCGUGAACUUCGGUACUGGUCGAGGCUCGCGCGCACGGUUUUCCAGUGAGCCAGCAUGGCCGCCGGUUUGAGCCAGCAGUCGGUGUUGUGCUUUCUCUUGCGCAACGGAGGAAAGGUGCGCAACGCGGACCUGCUGACACACUUUAAAGUGUUUUUACGGGAGCAUGAGGACCGAGUGCUGAACCGCGAGCUCUUUAAAAGGUACGUAAACGCCGUGGCUACGGUGAAGCAGGAGGGCGGGGUUUCUUAUGUCCUGUUAAAGAAAAAGUAUCGACCGCAUCUCGGAGACGUCGCCACCAGCGCGGCCUCGGCGAGCAGUCAGCCUGAUAAGAAGCAGGAAGGCGUUGGACACAGCCAGCCAGAAGUGUGUGCUGUUCAACCUAAACACAGUGAAGAUCCCACUCUGAAACCUCAGCACUCACAAGUUCACAACACAGAACCAAUCUUGUCAGUUGCAGGGAUUGUAAACAACAACAACAACAACCAUAUUGACAAUAUUUAUUUGGACCACCAACCAUGGGAACAAAACGUGUCCUCGGUCCCCAGCCAAGACGGAGACAUAAACGCAUGCACUCUGGGUGUGUCUUCAUUUACUAUAGACUCAAGUCGGAGCGGCCAGAGCUUUGACCAGCCGUUGGAGGUAAAAAGAACAGCGGAGAAGGCAAAUCCUGAACACAAUGGAGUUCACGGUGCCAAACCUGGACAAUUGCAAGAAGCAGAUGGCUGCUUUUAUCCCCCUCCAGAUUAUGCACACUGUGAGGUAAGCGUGACCCGUCUGUCCAAGGACACAGCACAGAAAAACACCCUGCCGGACUCUUUCCAGUCGUUUGACGAGAAUCCGUCUUAUGCUUGGCCUUUUCCGAUCACCCUGAGACAGUCACAGAUUUCUACGUCCAGUCCAUGUUUAAAUGAAAUCCCUAGUGAUGCUUCCUACUUUGAUUCUUAUAGACAGGAAGGCCUCAGCCAGAGCAAUGAUAGUAUGCUCAGCUCAGAUUGCUACGGUCAGGCCACAAGUAUUUACAUCCAUGAACCGGAACCCUAUGGAGCGACAGCAGCAGGUCCAGUCAGUCCUGCUUCUCAGAGGAACAGUCACAUGCGUAUGGCUUCCAGUUACCUGGAGCCCAAAUGCCUCCAAGGCCUGUCCUCUAGUCAAAAUAGCCUCUUCCUGCCUUCUUCCAUUAACUCUGACUGGCCUCGAGCAUUUCCCCAGGAUAACUGGUCCAGUGAUGAUGCCCUGAAUUAUUUUGGUGGUGUUUUGACAGAAGGUGGAGAGCAGACUUGGACUGGCACUCAUCGUUCCCAUGAUGUCCGGCUACUAUCACAGCUACAUCGCCAGGAAUGCCAGCUCACACCCUUGCACCACUCAACUGGGCACCUUCUUGACGAAAAACCUCAAGCACCUUUUCCAAGUUCGGCACCGGAUGAGAGGACCCACAACAGACCUGUCGCCCGGCGGUUGUCUCAGCGCCUGCGAAGCCGGAUGUGUCGAAGCCUGGGAGCAGAUCUGGACCAAGCAUUUCGGGAGGAUGGGGACUCAGCCCGGCUCAAACGACUGCACCGGAUUACCUCUUUUCUUAAUGUUUCCUCCAGCCGAACCCACAGCUCCCUCGACAGCAUGUCCCCUGCCAGCUCUGUUCGCAGCCUGGGUAAUGACUCAUCGUCCUACUGUCACAGAAACACCCAGGUUCCCCUGGAGGCCCAGGAGCACGAGUGGUUUGUGAAAGCAGCUGCAGGAAUCUGGCCUGAUAUUUACUGUCUUUUCAGAGAGGAUCCAAGCCUGCUGGCCAAACGGGACUUUGUGUCAGGAUAUACCGUACUGCACUGGAUUGCCAAGCACGGAGACCACCGGGUGUUGAACACACUGUGGUAUGGUGUGCACAAAGCAGGGAUGACGCUGAAUGUCGAUGCUAAGACCACAUGUGGUUACACACCACUGCACCUCGCUGCUAUUCAUGGCCACAAAAAUCUGCUGCGGGUCCUAGUGCACAAGUUCAAGGCUAACGUGGCGCUCAGGGACAACAGUGGUAAGAGGCCUUGGCAGUAUCUGGAAAAAAACAAAGACGAGGAUCUGUUGGUGUUACUUGGUGCGCCCCCACGGAUGACUGGGGGUAGUGUAGGGGCACAGUGGUCAUUCGAUAGACGCCCAGUGACACAUGUCAACAGAUCAGCAGCUACAGUGAAAAGACACUCGUCACUCGCUGCAUUAUUCAAACACAAAUACCAACUUCGAGUUUCUGCCAGUUCAGAGUCCCUCUAAUAGAAACAUGGUCUCGGGGUUUAGUUUUGGGAAACUGGAACACUGCACAAUUUAGUUAAAUCUGACUGCAAUGCUUUUGUCUCUUAGGACUGUUUUCCCAACUAUAUUAGAGAUGCCCGAGUUUGUCUUGCAGGAAUAUUGCUUUCAUAUUUUGGUUUUGGAUUUCAUGAUGAAAGUACUUGCACAUUUACCACUUGUUCCUCCUUUAGCUGAAAGCAACAAAUGGGUUACUAACGGUAAAGGUUCAACAGUUCACUUUUUGCAACUUUAGCAUACAGUAUUGAGAGGCUGUUUGUAAAAAGGCUGUGUGGUUAUCUUGCACAAUAUAUUAAAACAUUUUGGGUGCUUUACAAGUCGCAGGUUUUCUCUUUCUCUUAUUCGGGACGGUGUAGUUUACCAAGGAGCAGUCCCCUCACUAUAGGACAGUACUGAAGUGUGUAUACUGGGUGCCAUUGUGUUUGUUCUUCCAUAAGUAACUUGUGUUCUACCAGUCACCUUUUGCUCCUGCACAUCCUUAGCAUUGAUUAAUAAUAAAUAAUCAUGUAUCUAAUCCUGUAUUUCUACUCUUGGUUUUCAUAAAAGGGUUUGACUGCUGUGAGGCCCGGUUUUUCUUUUUCUUUUCUCAAAUUGAACUCGAAGGGGAAUUUGCUUCUUGACCUAUGUGGCUUAAUCUAGAGAAAAAUCCUGACUUAGAAAAAAGCCACCCAACUUCUGCCAAAGCUUCUCUCCAGUGCUCUUUCUCUUUCCUCGUUAAACUUCCAGGAACGUGAUUAAGUACCUAAUGAUGUGAAGAAUGAAGCGACAAUACCUCCAAUAUCCUUCCACAGUUCUUCGUGUAUGUAAGACGUUGCCAUGUUAUCUAGUUUAGCUAUGAUUAUGACUUUAUUUCUAAACAGCCUCCAUAAGAUUGCAUUUGAGAUUUUUCCUACAAGUUUAAAGUACCCCUUUUUUUUUUUUUUUUGCAAAUACAUUAUAGUAUUUGUGUGUGUGUACAUUUCAAAUGAAUAUCGUAUUAUUAUUAUUAUUAUUAUUGGAGAUAAGGGUUGUAUUCAAAGAUAUCUGCUAUAAGACCGCUUGAUGUAAGCCUUCAACUCUCACUGUAUGGGUUUAAUAAUUUACCAUCAGGCCCCUGUGUUUAUUCUGGAAUGCACUGAAUAAAAAAUGGAGAUCUUGAAGAUUUUACUGUUAGAAAAGAACAUUCCACUUUGGUUGUUGCUCAGGUGAUACCAAGGCAACCUCUACUUGGAUAUAUUGUAUUUUAAAGCUUUCUCAUUAAACUCAUUCACUCUCACUA